AUGGCUUACGCACAGAACCAAUACAACAUGCAGCUCGAAAACGAGCAGGUCACUCAAUACAAUUGGGAGUUGCUUGCGCAAGUUUCUAGAAAUGAUUUUCAUGUGUGGCAAGAGUUAGGAGCAAAUGAACGCUUUCAAAUUGUCAACUCGUUGAAAGGGAGCCUCUACCUGCUGAAGAGAAAAAUUGAACAGCGGCAAAGCCUCGGUCGUCUUUACUACAUGCCUAGCUUUAUCAACCAUUCAACGACUUUCGAUGUCUAUGCGCCUUGGGAGUCGGCGGCGAGAAAGGAGAUCCUGCAGGUCUAUGAACGAUACCCAAUUCUUCUAAAUGCCGCUAUCCAAAUCUGUGACGAGUCGCACAAGGACCCAAUCGUCAAAAAACUAAUUUUGGGAAUCAUUGCAGAUUCCGCGGUGAAAGAAUGGCCGAUCGAAAUGACAAAGCCAGAUAGCGGCACUUAUUACUGGGAUCGUCAACCUCUUUAUCUAAAGAAAGGUGCUAAGGCAUGCCGUAAAUUCACAAAUUAUCAAAUAAGGUUUCUCGCUCUUGUCGAAUCUGAACAAGGCGGGCUGAGCUUCCGCAGGGACGUUUUCCGUGCUGAAGCUUAUUUUGCGCUCGGGUUGGGUCCGCACCAAGUUUACGUGGAUGACCAGAAAAGGGAGAAGCUUCUAGGGGCAAUUUUUAUUAAUCAAUUAGGCGAGGAUAAGCCAGCGACGAAACGCUGCCGAGAAGCUUGUAUCAACGAAACCGACUAUCAUCGUGACAGUUUAGAGGGCGUGGAUGCGGUCUUCUUGAAAUGCAGACCUGAUCCAGAGAGCCUGGAUUCGAAACUCUGGUGCCAGUUUGGUUCCGAGGAUUCUUAUAAGCACUUCACUAUUCAAUUGGAAACUGCUAGCUUCGCUAGCCCGCAAACGGGUGGGAUGAAUAAGUAUCAAAUAUACACCGAGAUCAAACUUGUUACCCAGUAUGGAAAUUUGUACUUGGGCCAAAACGGUAGCGACGAUCCGGAUUGCCUGACGAGACCUGGGAUCAUCAGUCUGCCGUUUGAACUGACGAGCAACAUCUCAACCCAUGCCAAAACUCAUUAUAUCAAAUUUGCAUGGGGAAUAUUGACCAGUUACUAUCAGCCCAACAAUAUUCAACCCGAUAACAAGGGACUCAAGUGGGGACAGGUUCAACCAUGGAUCGUUGGAAUGAUUGCAGCACAAUGUGAAACUUACUGUCGGAAAAUGGACGACUCGGAGACACGCUCCUUCCGCCGAAUGCUGUUGCUUAAUCGUUUUAUGACGGCGGCGGGUCUAACGGAGCCACCAAAACGUUCUGAUACAUGGCAAAAGCAACGUGAACGUCUCCAGGUACUGGAGCAGGAAGUCUUCGGACAUGUGCUCACCGAUGGCGUGGUGGCCGAUCUUAAUACUUACCUACAAACAAUUGGGAAAUGGCUUCGCUAUGCCAACUUGAGUGAGAAUUUCCUGAUAUCGCAGCAAGAUUUCAAUGAUCGAUGUUGGUACGUCAGCUGGAAUGCAACCAGGUUUACCCGUGUCGAAUUUAAUCCAUGUGAUUGGCUUCUCAAUGCUGCCGAAAUCGUUGCUGACACGAAGAAAGAGCUGCACCAGGAAGCCAAUUUGACCCUCGAACUCUUCAACCAAAACUACAUCAACCUGCGCCCCGCUGACUCUGCGUAUGGAAUCACACAAUUGGUGACCGCUCGAAUGAGGGAGUUUAACCAAAAUCCAGAUGAGAAAAAUAAACGAGCGCCCGAGCCGACGCUCCUUGUGCGAAUCGAUGAAUUUGAAUUGGAAAGCCUAUGCAUUGAAUACUCCGGUCUACCGGACGAUGAUGCCUCUAAAGCAAACGUCUCCGAUCCAAUUUUUGGCCGUGUCCAGAUCUCAAAAUUACCUCGGUAUUAUGCGAAGGAUCCUCGACGUGCAAAUGGUAUUUGUGAUACGAAAGAUGCCAAGAUGGUGAUCGGAUUGAAGGCAUUCUUUAUGCAAGGAUAUCCAGCAAAAUUCAGCAAAAUUAUGAAGGUGAAUGGUGAUGGUCAUGGUAAUGGCAUCAAGAUGUUCAUCUUCCCCGUUGAGAAGAUGGGAGAUGAGCUGGCACUUUAUAAGGAUCGCGAUGAGAUCGAGGCAUUUGAAGAUCGAGAGGUCGAUCCGGCAUUGGGGCCUUUUGAAACACCGAUGGAUGCGCUCGCUUCUGCAUUGGCAGAAAAUAUGAGCUUUGUAAGGUCACAGCAAAAUGCCCAGUCGGUGAUAAAUACUCAACAAAUGAAGCUGAUGUAUGCCCAAACACAACCAUCACCAGCAUUAAAUGUGCUCAGCCCACAGUCUUUGCACGAAACCGGUGCGCGGGAAAUGGCGCAAUAUACACCAAGUUUUGCAUAUAUUCCAAUUCCAAUAGCACAGCCGGAUUACUGCACUCACACUACAAUGACCGCCAAUGGACACCCACGAGCCCAUUUUAGCCAAUUCUACCAUCAACCGCAACAACCAUAUUACCGCAUGACUCAAAAUUGGCCACCCGGCAAUUACCAAUAUCAAAUGGAGCAGCGGCCCGGCCCAAUUAAUGUGUAUCCAAACCCACAAUUUGCCCCACAAACAGCCCCAAUCCAGUUCAGCACACAACCGCAUGAACAGCUCGGCUUCACAAAUGCAGGUUUUUCCUAUGAUGAUGAUGAAAACGAUAUGAACGGUGAUGGCUUCGCCGGGAUCCUGACCCAAAACCGCAAGCGAAUGGCCCAGAAUCUCGAUCACCAAAGGCGC